GUUAGUCCCACACCAACCAAACCAUGAAAAUUAAUUAAUUUUUUUUAAAAAAACUGGUACGCCCUCUCGCUAUCCCUUUUUUUUUGGGUAUACUCGACAAUCUCUCCGCUUCUCUCCGAAUCCUCACCAGCAAUGUCUUCGUAUGAAAAUGUUGUUCCUGGGAAGCUUAAGCUGAAGGGAAAAGCAUUAGAUGUUAAGGCGGGUGGGAUAAAGAAGAAAAAGAAACACAAGCAUCAUCAGGAUGGAGAGUCUCAAAGUGGAAAUAAUGAACUUCAAGCAGGUGGAAGUUCGGAGUCAUUAGCUGAAACCAAUGAAGACUUGCCAAAGACCGAAAAGCUUGGGGGCGAAGAAAAUCCACCGACACAUGAUGAACACCUCACGCCAGCUGAGAGACGAUAUAUUGAACAGAGGGAGAGAAUCAACAUGCAUAGGCUGGCAAAGACCGCUAAUAAAUCACAUCGUGACCGGAUUGAGGGGUUCAAUCAGUAUCUUGCGAACCUCAGCGAGCAUUAUGACAUUCCGAAAGUCGGUCCUGGUUAGUUUGUUUAUGUAGGGUUGAGUGGAAAUAUAUCACACCGCUAUGAUGGUUCUUCGGUUAUCGCGAACUGUGUGGUGCUCUUUAUGAUGUUCUACUGUUGAGACCGUACUAUAGGGAGAAUUACUAUGCUAGCACAGACUCUUAGGUUAAAUCUUGGUAGUAAAUCCAAGAUUCUCCGUAAUGGUGUUUUCAUGUUCUGAUAUUUGUGUGUACUUGACGAAUCUGCUUAUUCUGUCUGAUUUUAUAUCAACUGGUUGCUUCAAGUUGAGUUUA